AUGCGGCCGCAGCUGUUUCGUGCGGCCGCCCGGUCUCUCCGGGUCCCUAGGGCCCGAGCCUUCGUCACAACGGCCCCUCGCGCGGCCGAGGUCGAACUCACCAUUGAUGGCAAGAAGAUAUCCGUGGAAGCCGGCUCGGCUCUCAUCCAGGCUUGCGAGAAAGCCGGAGCAACAAUCCCCAGAUACUGCUACCACGAAAAACUGUUGAUUGCAGGAAACUGUCGUAUGUGUCUGGUCGAAGUCGAGCGCGCCCCGAAACCCGUGGCCUCGUGCGCCUGGCCCGUUCAGCCCGGAAUGGUUGUGAAGACGAAUUCGCCGCUGGUUCACAAGGCGCGAGAAGGUGUGACGGAAUUCCUUCUUGCCAACCAUCCUCUUGAUUGCCCUAUUUGUGACCAGGGAGGAGAAUGUGAUCUCCAGGACCAGUCGAUGCGUUACGGUGCCGAUCGCGGACGGUUCCACGAGACGGGUGGCAAGCGUGCUGUGGAGGAUAAGAAUAUUGGUCCCCUGGUUAAGACCUCGAUGAAUCGUUGCAUCCACUGCACUCGUUGCGUUCGAUUCAUGAACGACGUCGCGGGUGCGCCCGAGCUGGGAACCACCGGCCGCGGAAACGACAUGCAGAUCGGAACCUACCUGGAACGGAACCUGGACUCUGAAAUGUCGGGCAACAUCAUUGAUCUAUGCCCCGUCGGCGCUUUGACAUCUAAGCCCUAUGCUUUCCGUGCUCGCCCUUGGGAGCUGAAGCACACCGAGUCCAUCGAUGUCCUUGACGCGCUGGGCUCCAACAUUCGAAUUGAUAGCCGGGGCAUGGAAGUGAUGCGGAUUAUCCCUCGUCUGAACGACGACAUUAACGAGGAAUGGAUUAAUGAUAAGUCACGGUUCGCUUGCGAUGGCUUGAAGACCCAACGACUCACCACCCCCCUGAUUCGCCGCGACGGCAAGUUCGUUCCCGCAACCUGGGAACAGGCCCUGGUGGAAAUCUCCGCCGCCCAGCAGAAGCUGCAGCUGCAACCCAACGAGUUCAAGGCGGUUGCCGGACAUUUGGUGGACGCCGAGUCGCUGGUCGCCAUGAAAGAUAUGGCCAACAAGCUGGGAUCGGACAACCUUGCUCUUGACCAACCCGGUGGUGGCGCCCCUAUUGCCCACGGCAUUGACGUUCGCUCCAACUACCUGUUCAACUCCAAGAUCUACGGUAUCGAGGAUGCGGAUGCCAUUCUGCUGGUUGCCACCAAUCCUCGUCACGAAGCCGCUGUUCUCAACGCUCGCAUUCGCAAGCAAUAUUUGCGUUCGGAUCUGGAAAUCGGCCUUGUCGGUGAGGAUUUCGAGAGCACCUUCGACUAUGAGCACUUGGGUGCCGAUGUCUCUGCUCUGAAGACAGCUUUGUCCGGAGAAUUUGGCAAGAAGCUCGGUGCUGCUCAGCGCCCCAUGAUCAUCAUUGGUAGUGCAGCCGCCGAGCAUCCCGAUGCAAAGGCCAUUUUCGAGGCGGUCGGCAGCUUCGUUGAGAAGCACCACAACAACUUCAACACUCCCGAGUGGCAAGGCUACAACGUCCUGCAGCGUGCCGCCUCCCGGGCCGGUGCCUAUGAAGUAGGCUUCACUGCCCCGUCUCCCGAGGUCGCGCAGACCACUCCCAAGAUGAUCUGGCUCUUGGGUGCGGAUGAGGUCGCGCAGAGCGAGAUCCCGAAGGAUGCCUUUGUCAUCUACCAGGGUCAUCACGGUGACCGGGGUGCUCAGCUUGCCGAUGUCGUUCUCCCUGGCGCCGCAUAUACCGAGAAAUCUGCCACUUACAUCAACACCGAGGGCCGUGUUCAGGUCACUCGUGCGGCCACAUCGCUGCCCGGAGCUGCUCGUGAUGACUGGAAGAUUAUCCGUGCAACUAGCGAGUUCCUUGGUGUCCCUCUCCCCUACGAUGAUAUCGAGGCCCUUCGUGACCGUAUGGAGGAGAUCAGCCCCGUGAUGCGCCGCUACGAUGUUGUCGAAUCCACUUCCGUCGGCGCAUUGAGCAAGGUGCAGCUGGCUGAUCAGAAUAAGGGCUCUCCCACCACCGGAGCUCCUUUCAAGAAGGUCAUCGAGGACUUCUUCUUCACCGACGUUAUCUCUAGAAGCUCACCUACCAUGGCCCGUUGCUCAGCCUCCAAGGCCACCGGCAACCCCGAAACCAACUUCAUGGCCGCCGGAGAAAUGUCUCCGCAGGCGUUGUACGGCUAA